AUGUUCCAUUCUCACCGUCUCAAAGCUGUUGUCUACCUCAACCAUCUUUCUUCAACUCCAAAAUCUCACCACCUUCUUCACUCUCUCAAUCCCUUCUCCACCACUUCAGAUUCCUUCACCCUAUCCUACUUCACCAACAACUGUGGCUUAUCUCCACAAGACGCUCUCAAAGCCUCAAAACGACUCCGUCUCACUUUCACCACCCCCGAAAAACCCAACUCCGUUAUCGCCUUCUUCAAAACCCAUGGUUUCUCCAUUCCCCAAAUCCAAUCCAUCAUUCUCAAGAACCCCCAACUCAUCCUCUCCAACCCCACCAAAACCAUUCUCCCUAAGUUUCAAUUUUUAGCCUCCAAAGGCGCUUCUCCCUCCGACAUAGUCGCCGCCGUCACCAGAAGCUCUCGUUUCCUCCGUGUAAGCCUCGAGAAACAUAUUAUCCCUGCUUUUCAGUUGGUACGACGUUUCUGUCCCUCCGAUCAAAAAGCCAUUACUUCAAUUAUCAUUUGUCCUGCUUCAAUUAGUGAUGUUCGCAUGAAACCUAAUGUCAAUUUUUUGCUUGAUUAUGGGGUUACUCCAUCUAGUAUUUACCAUUUGCUUAGUACUAGACCUUCUGUGAUUUGUUCUACUGAUUUGACCGAGGUUGUGGAGGAGAUUAAGGGAUUAGGGUUUCACCCUUCUAAAUACAAUUUUUGUGUCGCAUUAUUAGCCAAAAGGGGUAUAUCCAAAUCCCAGUGGGAUGCUAAAGUUGAUGUCUUGAACAAAUGGGGUUGGUCCCAAGAUGAAAUUUUGCAUGCAUUUAAAAAGAACCCUAAGAUUAUGCUACGGUCUGCGGAUAAACUCAACGCCGUGAUGACUUUUUGGAUCAAACAGCUUGGUUGGGAUCCUUCCGUGCUCUUGGCAGCGCCGGAUCUAUUUGGAUUUAGUCUUGAGAAAAGGCUGAUUCCAAGGGCUUCAGUUGUCCGGUAUCUGUUAUCUAAAGUAUCGUCGAGGCUAUUAAGGCUAUAUCAGGGGAAGGAUGCUAGCUUAUAG